AUGGUGGGCGACGCUGUCGUCGCAGAGAAGGAACAAGGAGCGAAGCCUCAACCAGUUGGGCCGGUGUUCGAAGGAUGGGUCAAGUAUGACCCCACAGUCGGGAAAAAGGUUGGGAACUGGAAAGACUGCCAAGCCUUCUUUGGGAAAAGGGGCGGUGAAAUUGAAUUUUUCGUGACCCAAGGAAGCAUAACCAAGUGGGAGUGUCAUGCCCCAAAGAUUCUGGGGCGAAUAUAUACGGCGAGCGAUCAUUUCCAGCUGCGUCUCAAAUCGCACGGCACUUUCCGGUUUCAUACGGACAAUCCGGGACAGUCCAAAUUCUAUCGCUUUUGCUCGAACUUUCAAAGGACAGGCAACUUAGAUGAAUUCGUAUCGCCAGCCGGAACUCCUGCUCGAGCAGCUGGCGGCUCCGAGCAGAUAGAGUCACCGCCGGUAGCUAAUGGCAAGCCUAUCGUCACCCUUAGUUCCCUGUUACCUGCAAAGCCGUCCAUCACGUCGUUGCCUACAUCAACAUCUUCAGACCCGAAGGCUGCUCAACACCUGCUACCAUUGUCAAAGCCGGCCGCAAAGCCCACCGACAUUACUCCAAUAAAGAAGCCCAUUUCCAUCAAACUGACUCUCCCCAAGCCACCAGGCACAACGGUGAUACCACGAGACACCGUACAAAGGAAAGUGGACUCGUUUCGCGCAGCGCAGGAGCAAAUAAUAAAGGAGAGCCGCUCCCCUGCUGCUACCAAUGCGUCUGACACCAGCCAAUUGGACAAAUCCUCUAGCAAAGCCGCACAUUCCGAUGAUGAUUUGAGCACGCUAGUCGCACAAAUACCCCGGCAAUUCUAUGGGUCAGAGCCCAGAAAGAGACCGAUGGAAGACCUGCUGCCUAGCGUAAGGCAAACCAAAAUGCGCCGCGCCUCCCCUCCUAUCAAGUCGGACGGAAUCAAGAACUCGGGGCAAACGUGCUACAUGGCCGCAACCCUGCAGAUGCUAUAUUUCUCUCCUUUCAAAGCCUGUUUUCAGCAAGCAAUUCUACCGCUGCUGAAAGCCUCAUCUGGAGCUGGCUCCAUCUGGAAGGCGGUCGCUGAUGUGUUCGAUUGGAGGGAUGAUCAUCUACUAGUGCACUUGAACCCUCUCCGGCGAACAUUGCAUGAUGUGAUUCAACAGUUUCACGCGGAUCGACAAGAGGAUGCGCAAGAGUUUCUGACCGCAAUAUUAUCGCAAAUGAAAACCGAGUUCAACCUGCUUGGUCUGAAGGGUACUCGCUCGCCGGUGGAAUCGAUGUUUGAUUGGCACGCCGAGCGAACCCUAGAAUGCCGCUCCUGCCAAAACAAAUCCCACGGCUCCGAAUCCUUCAUCAACAUGCCCCUCGACCUAAUCGGGCCCCCCGGCCGUGAACUCUACCUCGACUCCCUCGUAACCAGCUUCUUCAAAGGCGGCGAAGUAGAAUGGAAAUGCGACCGCUGCGGCGCCGCAAGGGCAUCCAAGACGUACCGCUUGGAAUCGAUGCCCCCUGUCAUCAUCAUACAUCUGAAACGCUUCAAUUUGGAGCCGAAAUCGUUUACAAUUAGGAAGAGGAAUGAUGCCAUUGUUAUCCCCCCGGAGAUCAAUUUUGGGCGUUUCAAAUCCGGUCCCGCAUCAGUCAAAACCCCAGACACCGUAAACGAGGUCCACAUCAUAGAUUUAGACCCGGAGCCACACCAUCUCAACAACGAGAACGUAGCUCCCCUCGCCCCGUCCAAUUUACUCAUGAACGCAGCAGCAUCUUCCCUCGCGGACCGUGCAAGACAACAAUCGGUCGAGCCACCGCCGGCGGAAGCGGGUGUGAAACGCAAUCAAUACGUCCUAAGGAGCAUUGUGUCGCAUUUGGGGUCCAAGCCUUUUCGAGGGCAUUACAUAACCGACGUCUACGACCGCGGCAAAGGCACCUGGACAUGCUACGACGACACGGUGGUCACCCAGAACAACGACUCGGCGGUGGAGGAACGAAGAUGUACGGCUUAUUUGUUGGCGUAUGUGCAUCCGCAGUAUUUGUAG